GCUAGCUCCUGGCGCGGCGGACGCGAAGCACGCUGUUUUCGAGCCUCUGCGCAAGCGUGGCGCUGCAUUUCCAUGGCUGCGAGUGAUCUUGGUCCAAAGGCGUUGAAUGUCGCAGCGCUCAAUGACUUGUGCCAUCUGUGCCCAACCUGGACCCAGGCUGGCUGUGCGCUAAACGCGGUCAGCCGCGAGGUAUCAAAGCUCGCAGCAAACGUGCGACGCCGGCGGCGGCGGAAACUGCUCGCGCUGCGCAAUGAGAUCCGCCGGCACACUUUCGUGACGCUCCGGACCGUCAAAGGCGAGUGCAGCUGUUGGUGGAAAAUCCACGGCGUGCGGGACGAAACCGUCGCGGUCUGCGCAGAAAUUAUUCAUGUCAAGUCGCAUUUUCGCGCGUGAGUUAAGAUUUCACCCGUUCGGUGCAACGCAGGUCGUUCUCGAGCGCCUCGAGAUGCGUCAUGACAAGAACCGCUUCUGCGUCAUCAUGGUGCCUCUCGACGAGUGGGAGGCGAAGUUCGAAGAGUGGAACGACGACGAAGACCAUAGAGUGUCCCUCUGCCAGGAAUGCUGGUACGACGGCUUUAUGAUGUACCCUCACGUUUUCGGCCAUGAGUCGGAUUAGUUGGCCAUGAGUCGGAUUAGUUGGCUUGGCGCUAUGUACUAA